ACGGGUUACCUGAAAACGAAGUCGGGCAUCAUGAAGAUCAUAGAAAUUGUGUGCGUGGCCUGCGCUCUCGGCCUCCUCCGCGUGAGCUCCCCCUUCUGCGGCCAAACCACUGACUCGCAUUUCCUCGGCGUGGGAGUCCUCGUGGCCGCCAUGAUGGUCACGCCGCUGCUCCUCAUCUCGUACAUGAUGGGCAAGAUGCAGAUCCAGAACACGUACCUGGAAAUCGCGUUCAGCGCCCUGUUCUCCCUCCUCCUGUUGGCGGCGGGCGUGGAUGCCCUCAGGGCCGUGGGUAACGUCUACAGAGACAAUUACAACAAGGAGUGCUUCGCCAUGGGCAUCGUCAGCAUCGCCGCCUGCUUAGCAUACCUGCUGGAUACAGUGUUCUGCGUGAGGCUGUACAGGAUCAACAACUGAGAGUAAGGCGGUUGAGGCCUCUUGGUACUGACGCAUCUACGUCUCCGAUAUGUACUG